AUGAUCAAAUCCAUCAUAGGAGGUAUUGAUCGUCUUGCUUGGAAGACUGUUCUAGAGAAGUGGGAGGAACCGACGAUCAAGGAUGAAUCAGGCGAGCGAAUUCCCAAACCUGAGGCAGACUGGACUGAUGAAGAACAAAAGAGAUCAAAGUACAACUCAAGAGCGUUACGUGCUAUUCAAUGCAGUGUUGGGAGAAAACAGUUCGAGUUGAUUCAGGGAUGUGAAACUGCUAAAGAUACAACUCAAGAGCAUGAGAUAUCCUUCAAAUUCAUUAUGAAGACUUAUAAGGAUCAGAAGUUAGUCAAAAAGUUCUUAAGGUGUCUUCCAUCAAGGUUCAUGGGAUACAAAACAGCUUUAACCGUCUCUCAAGAUUUAGACAAUCUCAGUUAUGGUGAAGUAGUCGGAAUGCUACAGGCACACGAGAUGGAACUUAAUGGAAUUAAGAAACCAAAAGGAAUAGCUCUAGCAGUUAGCAAAGACAUAACUGAUCAAGGAGAAGAAGAUGUUGUGAGCCUGCUGGUAAGAAGAUUUGAUCGAGCUUUAAGAAGGGUAGAACAAGGUCAAGGUCAAAAGAAGAGUAAUUCAUUCAAGAAGACAAGUGAAGACAAAAAGGCUGAUUUACAGUGUCAUGAAUGUAAGGGAUUCGGUCAUUUUGUUCGAGAGUGUCCAACAAUCAAGUUGCGAGAGGCCAAGUGCACAAUCUGUAAAGGGACUGGACACACACAUGAGGAAUGUGUGAGUAACUCUAAAGUCAAGAAAGAAAAGUCUAUGAUUAGCAUUGAGAAUGAAUCAGAUAGUGAUAGCAGCAGCGAAGAAGAACUCAUUAAUUUAGUGGCUAUGGUGGGAAUCACCGAAUUUGAGAAUGGGGAAGAGAAUGAAUUGGUGGAUGAGAAAAAGCUUGCUAAAGAUUCGCUAGAUCUGAUGAAAGAAAAAUUGGUCUUAUCGGCAAAAGCAGACAAGCUUGAAGAAGAACUACUUAAAGAAAAGAAAAAAUCCGCACAACUGCAAUCUGAAUUAGAUCAACAACAUAGGAAGAUUCAUAUGUUUGCAGGAACAAAGCAACUUGACAAAAUUUUGAGCUAUGGGAGAACUGAGAAGACUCAUAGAGGAUUAGGCUUUAAUGAGAACAAGGGAGCUAAAUCACAGACAACCAAAUUUGUAUCUGCUGGAACCUAUCAAUCUGAGAAGGAGGUGUCUACUGGUGGUUCUAAUGGAUCUUUGAGUUGUUAUUUUUGUGGAAAAAUUGGUCACUACAAACGGUUCUGCUACAAAUAUUGGCAAAAGGUCUGUACAUUAAAGCAACAAGGAAGGUUCUUCUGGAAUAGAGUUAGAAGACAAGUUUGGAUGAAGAAAACUGACCUAUAUCAAUUAGGGUCAAUGGCAGCUUCUGGAUCAGGAUUUAGAUGCAAUAUGGCCAUGAUUACUGAAGAACAAAAAGAAACAGAACCAAGAUGCGAUAUGGCUAUGAUUACUGACGAACAAGAAGACACGGAGCCCUGGUUUUUUGAUAGCGGUUGCUCAAGACAUAUGACUGGAACCAAGAGUAAUUUACAGAAUAUUAAGAAAUUGAAAGGAGGUACAAUAACAUUUGGAGAUGGAAGUCAUGGUCUCAUACAAGGCAAAGGUAUAACACGUGAUACAGAACUUCCACAACUUGUGAAUGUCUAUCUUGUUCAAGGACUGCGUGCAAACCUAAUAAGCAUUAGUCAACUGUGUGACGAAGGAUUGUCAGUUUUAUUCACAAAAACCGAUUGCAAAGCACUGGAUGAGUCAGGUAAUGUCAAGUUAUAUGGUGUAAGAUCUGGAAAUAAUUGUUACAUGUGGGAGAAACAGUCAAUCAAAUGCUACAGUGCUCGUGGGAGUAUAGAUCUAUGGCAUCAACGACUUGGACAUAUGAAUACAAGAAAUCUUGCUACUCUUGUGAAUAAAGAGAUAAUUCGAGGAGUACCUAAGCUUAAAGGAGAAGACAAUAUGGUGUGUGGUCCUUGUAAUCAGGGAAAGCAAGUCAAAAUUCAGCACAAAAAGGUUCCAGAUGUUCAGUCAAAAUCAGCUUUGGAUCUAAUUCACAUGGAUUUAAUGGGACCAAUGCAAGUGGAAAGCUUAGCAGGAAAGAAAUACGUGUUUGUACUAGUUGAUGACUACUCUAGAUACACUUGGGUUCGUUUUAUUCGUGAGAAGUCAGAUACGAUAGACAGCUUCAAGAUUUUAGCUUUACAACUACUUAAUGAACGAGGAGGAAUCAAGAAAGUUCGAAAUGAUCAUGGUGGAGAAUUUCAAAAUGAGGCUAUGAAGGAGUUUUGUGAACAACAUGGGAUUUCACAUCAAUUCUCGGCACCAAGAACUCCACAACAGAAUGGAGUAGUAGAAAGAAAGAAUAGAACUCUUCAGGAAAUGGCAAGAGCAAUGAUACAUGGAAAACAAGUUCCUAAGAAAUUCUGGGCUGAAGCUUUAAACACUGCAUGUUAUAUAAUUAACAGAGUCUAUGUUCGAAGAGAUACUACAAAAACACCUUAUGAGUUGUGGAGAGGCAAAACACCAAAUCUGAGCUACUUUCAUGUGUUUGGGUGCAGAUGCUACAUCUUAAAUGACAAGGAUUAUCUUGGUAAAUUCGACUCCAAAAGUGAUGAAGGCAUGUUUUUGGGUUAUGCCGAGAGUAGUACAGCAUUUAGAGUUUACAACAAGCGUACAGGUUUAAUCAUGGAAUCAGUGAAUGUGGUUUUUGAUGAUCAAUCUGUAGCUGUACGAGGUGAUGAUUCAGACAGUGAUUCAGAACAGGUAAGUAUCACUAAGGCACACAAUGAAGGUUCUGAGUUGGACAUUCCUGUUACAAAACCAGAAGAAGUACAACAAGUUCAUAAGAAUCAUUCUGCAUCUGAUGUCAUUGGAGACUUGAAUGAGAAAAUGAAGACUCGAGGAGUACAGAUUGACUUUAGGAAGAUGACAAGUUACUUUACAACUCUGGAAACCGUUUUCUAUGAGUGUUGUGUCGAUGAUUGA